UCAGACUAUUUGCUCAAAAGGCAGUUUGAGAAUCAAAACAAACACCGGAAACUUUUUGUUAUAUAAAGGAGCUCUUUGUUUGAGAAAACCAAGUCCAAGAAUUACCAAAACAAAGACCCUGCCAUGAGCUUUCCCAUGUUUUCAUCCCCAUGUCUCCCUUUUAUAUUUAUCAUCCUUUCGACCUGUGUCACUGCAACACAAACACAAUUUAGAAUCCCAAGGCUGAGUCCAAUAGGCAGAAGUUUUCUACAUAAUGAUGAAGCUAAGUCUUCACCUGUUUCAGAUGAUUUCAAGACAUUUUACUACAAUCAGACGCUAGAUCACUUCAACUAUAGGCCUGAUAGCUACACAAGUUUCCCUCACAGAUAUAUAAUCAACUUUAGGUACUGGGGUGGUGCCAAUUCCAGCGCACCAAUUCUUGCCUACUUGGGUGCUGAAGGUCCAUUGGAGGACGAUUUGGAUGUUAUAGGAUUCAUGACUGAUAAUGCGGUUAAGUUUGAUGCUCUUCUCGUUUAUAUCGAGCAUCGAUAUUAUGGGAAAUCAAUACCAUUUGGAUCAAGGCAGGAAGCAUUAAAGAAUGCGAGCACUCUAGGCUAUUUCAACUCAGCUCAAGCAAUAGCAGAUUAUGCAGCCGUUCUUAUGCAUAUAAAAAAAAAGUUACAUGCUAAACAUUCUCCAGUAAUUGUUAUUGGUGGAUCAUAUGGAGGAAUGUUGGCUGCAUGGUUUCGUCUUAAAUAUCCUCAUGUGACACUAGGAGCUCUGGCAUCUUCAGCUCCAAUUCUUUACUUUGAUGAUAUCAAACCACAGAAUGGAUAUUAUUCUAUUGUGACCAAGGAUUUUAGAGAAGUUAGUGAGACUUGCUAUGAAACCAUUCAAGAAUCCUGGUCCGAAAUUGAAGUGGUUGCUUCUAAGCCUAGUGGCCUUUCCUUUCUCAGCAAAGAGUUCAAAGCAUGCAGUCCUCUGAAUAGUUCAUCUCAGCUGGAAGACUACUUGUGGUCUAUGUAUGCCAGUUCAGCUCAAUACAACCACCCGCCAAGAUAUCCAGUCACCAGGAUUUGUGGUGGCAUUGACGGAGCUGAUUCCAGAAGUGGAAUUCUUAGUAAAAUAGCUGCAGGUGUAUUCGCUUAUAAAGGAAAUCUUUCCUGUUAUAAUCUUGGGCCCAGAAAUGAAACUGAAACUGAUAUAGGCUGGAGAUGGCAGAAAUGCAGUGAGAUGGUGAUGCCAAUAAGCACAGGCAAUGAUACUAUGUUUCCACCGUACACUUUUGACCUUAGAAGUUUCAAAAAUUACUGCAGUCAGUUUUACCGUGUCCCUCCAAGGCCUCACUGGGUCACCACCUAUUAUGGAGGCCAUGACAUAAAACUAAUCCUUCAGAGAUUUGGCAGCAACAUCAUUUUUUCCAAUGGACUUAGAGAUCCUUAUAGCAGUGGCGGAGUAUUGCACAACUUAUCUGGCAGUCUCCUUGCGAUCCAUACAGUUAAUGGGUCCCAUUGCUUGGACAUUUUACGCGCAAAUGAAACCGAUCCGCAAUGGCUAGUGCAACAGAGAGAGACAGAGGUUAGCAUCAUUAAAGGAUGGAUCAGUGAGUACUAUGCUGAUCUUGAGAGGUCCAAACAAUAGAAAAACCACACAAAAUGGUGAUUAAGGAGCAGGCUAUUUUGGAAGAAUAUUUUUUUCUCCUUUUCUUCAUCAUCAAACAGAACUCACAAGGAGAUGAAAAGCAUGAUAUGUAUGCCAUUGAAAAAUAAAUUUAUGAACUUGUAUCGACUCCAUCAAAGAAUGUGAAAAUCCAUUUUCAGAGUCAUGAAAGAUUCUUAAUAA